AGGAGAAUACAUCGAUUCAGCAGCGGCGGCGGCGGCGAGUCCUUCGGAGAUUCUGGACGAAUGGAGCGCUCUGGAGAAAAAAAUCCCCUUGGGAUUCGGAGGAAGCUCGAGGAGGACGAGGACGAGGACGAGGCUCCCGCAGGAAUCAUGACCUCGUUUUGCCUUUCUUCUUGUUUUGAGAGUUGGGUCGGUGACUCCUUGGGUUCAGGGAAUGUUACCAGACCGCCAUCGGUUCAGCCCCUGAACCGGACCAAGCUCACCCCUCCUGAUGUCAACCAUGCGGUAAGUGGUGACCCGAUCGCAACGAGAAGCUUCCCAGUUCCUCCGUCUACCUUCUCCUGUCGCUUCUUGCCUUCUUCCUCCGCUUUUACCUCGCUCGCAGAUCGGCUUCAAACAAGGAUGCCGAUGAGGAGAUUGAUGGAGGUGGAGCCGCCGGGGCCGCUGAGGUAUCUGAUAGGCGCGGCGAUCAUCAUGGUCGGAGUGGUGCUCCCGCUCGGGUACAUGAUGUUCCGCAACAAGCGCGUCCCCUCCUCAUCUUCCUUUUCCAAGCAGACGAAUAAAGGACUGAUCUAGAGAUACCAAAUGGGCUCUAGCUCUAUUCUUCUGCCCGAUUCUUUUUCCUAUUUAUCUCUUUUCUUGAAGAAUUAGCGGCGAGUUGGGGGAGGGGAAGGAGCGAGAGCAAGCGGGUAUACUGAAUGAAGCCACUUUAUUUUAUUUUUUUGCUGGAUAAUGUAUUCUUGUGUCCGCUAGAUAGUUGAUGUAGUUUGUGUGCGGUGUUUCUGACAUGAAAAUGCUUGCUUAGCCAUAUUCUUUGAUCUGAGCAUUGUGAAAUAGUGGCAGCCUCGCAGUCUCCCUUUCAUCAACUUUAUAAGCUUUAGAAACUGUACAAGAACUUGCAGGCUAAUGGGUGAUUAAGAAUCAUGGUUGGUAAGUAUUGCUGAUCUUGCUGUUUCUUGAAUCUCUGCUCAGUUUAUCUACUUUUGUGGUACACAAAGUACUUACAAAUAGAAAUAUUAUAGUUGUAUUGAAUCUAUUUCUUCUGCCUAGCACGAAGAAUAUCUCAUUUUACUUUUUCAAUAAAGUUGUUUCCUCUUGUUCUGGCGAUCCCUUGCCUGUGCAUCGACUCAUCUCAAAUUAAAGUAAGAUAUUCUAAUGGCGUACUAGCAUGGACAUGAACAAAAAAUCACGUCAAACAGUUCAUUUAACUCUCCCAUAUUUAUCUCUUAACGGCUUCUUUGGGAAUGGUCUGCGAGAUCCAGCAGGAUAAGGAGGGGAAGAGAGUGCUGGAGGGGAGAGAGGGAGGCAGCGAGAGAAGGAGAUUGCUGGGGUCCCGGUGGGAUUUAACAGAGACCUCUCUAGGUCUUUUUCUUUAAUUCAAUAGGGAUUGGGGCCCUUGACCCAUUGCCCUCUCAUGCGACUCUCCUGCUGCCUCCUUUUCUACCCUUCGACACUCUCUUCGCCUCCCAAUCCAGCCAGAUCCACCGGCGGACCGUUUCAAAACAGGCCCUAACUGAUUUUUUUCUCUUUUCAAUUUCUAUCCCAUGAGACUAAGUUAUAAAUCUGAUAAAUCUUAAACCUUUUAUUUCCAAAACAUGCAUUUGCACAUGCCUGUUUACUAAUAUACAAAAAUGUGGAUGGUAGGCAUGGAAAAGCAGAGAUGUUAUCUGCAUGUAUUUUUAAGCAUAUUCUGUUAUGCUAUCUGCAUAUAUUUGUAAACGUAUUCUGUUAUAAAAACACAAUCUUGGUUCCAACAUUUUAUGAACCACCGAUGGAAGCUUAAUUUUUUUGCUAGUGUACUUCUUUAAAUUGUCUUUGAGUUAAUGUUGAUAUCUAUAAGGAGUAACUUGAUUAAAGCCGGCACAGAAGUUUGUCUUGAAGAGAAUUUGUAAGGUUAGUGUAACAUUAAAUUGGUGAAUGCUAAUCAAAUUAUCCAUUUAGCAAAGCAGUGACAUAGCCUAGCAUGAAAUAAACAACCUCACCUUAGUUUUGUGUGACAACAGUGUGCAACCACAGAAUUUUGUUUGAAGUCCUGCCUGCAUUAGAUGUGCUUGUUGUUCGGUUCCUUUUGGGCUUUCUAGGACAAGCAAAGGUUAAAAAUUGGAUAUUAAACUUUGAAAAAAAAAAACUCUGAAGUUGUUUUUUUUCCAGAAGAUUUUCUGUUAUUUCUAAUUCUCUUAUUUGAUCACUUUCUGAACAUAAAAAACUUGAUCCAUUUUGUCUUCCUGAUCUGGCAACCUCCCUGCAAUCAAAUGGUCUCCCUUCUUCUUUCUUUCCCCUUUGAAUUUUUUCAAUUCUUUGGUCCAAUUUUAGAUUGGCUAAUGUCUAAUGCAUGUCAUUUUGGAUGGCCUUUGUAAUAAUUUGGUCAGAAAAGAGAUUAGAAAAUAACAAAUUAGACAAUAUCAAGUUCGGUUGACUACCUGCUUUACCAUGAAUUUCUAAAGUUAAACAUGGAUAGAGGCUCAUUAUGAAACCCAUGGUUUAUACUUUUUAAGAUAUGAAUGAAGUAUCAAUGUUCGAAUUCUGGACUGACAGAUAUUGAGGCUUGCUUACUACUUUAAGGUUUUGAGUACAUCUGCUUGUUGGUGGGCCUUGGCAGAGCAAAUAGUCAGAUGUUGGAUCCAGACAAAGUGGUAAUUGAAGGAAAUUGUAGCAGUGUCUUUGCGUCAACACUAAACAAUGAAAGGUAAACUUGCAAAUUGAAUGGGCAUUGUCAUGCAUCACGUCUCCAACUAUAAGGUAUGAUAUUACGAGGCUAAACAUACACCAAGACUUGAGGGGCAUGAAUUUAAAGUUGUUUGUAGACUUGCAGAUGUGCUCUUAGAAUUGGAAGCAAGAUAUCAUCGAGCUCUCCUUUUUAAAUUACAUCACCAACUCUGCUUUUACUAUUGUUGCUAUUGAUAUUAUCUUACUCCAUUUUUAUGUAAAACUAGUUUUAUCAUCAUCAGUCCAUUCUCCUCUUGUUCUAUGAGGACCUAUUCGGGCAUGUGUUUAGUCCCACAUCUGUUAUUUGCCGGAUAGAUCUUAGAUACUUUUACAGAAUUAAGGAACCAAAGUAAUACAUUCCGGCUAGCCUUUUUGGGUGAAGUUACAUUCACAUUACAUUCUUGCCAUUAGAAAUAGUCUGAUAGUUGAGUUUACAGUAUGAUGUUAUUUUUUUUCUGUUAUAACAAUUACCGAAGGGUACUAAUCCAGGGUUGUAUAUUAGUCAGGAGAAUUGGUCCCGGCUAUAUUUACCAGUGUUGCUAAAGAGCUGUCAUGAAUAGCACUGCAGCUCACCAUUUUGAGUUGCACUAAAUAUUCCUUUAAUUAAAACUUGUGCAUUAUCUUGUAUGAUGCUAAUCAUUUGCUAUUUGUAGCUCUCGUGAGAAGAAAUUUGACAUUCUGGAUUGGAUUGAGCUUUUAGAUAUCUCAUGUUGCAUGUCCCCUGCAAAUUUGGAUACCUUGCACCAUACAUUUUGAGAUAUGAAGAGAGAUGAUAAAUGACAUGUUAAUUAAGCGGCGCUCUGGAGUUUCCUUCUUUGAGAGAAGCUCUGGAGUUUGUUGUUAUCAUGAAAGAUUUUUUUUCCCCGGGAUAGUUGUGGAAAAGUAACUAGAAAGGUUCAGUGAUAAAUUUCUUCAAAAGAUAAAGUGUCAGUUGUAAACAAUGAUGCUAAUUGGAGGGGUAUGAUCAUUUUC